AUGGCAAAAGAAGCUUUCUACAAAGACGUGAUUCAAAGUGCAUCCUACCCGUUUGGCACAAUGUACCCCAUGAGUGGGUGCAGUGGGAAGGUGUUACUUCAGACGACUCCUUCGCAUCUGAUUGGUCAGUUGGAUAAACUACUUAGGGAAGUUUCCACACUUGAUGGGGUUCUGGAAGUUCGCAAUGAGCAUUUUUGGUCACUUGGAUUUGGUAGUCUGGCUGGCUCUGUGCAUGUUAGAAUUCGAAGAGAUGCCAGUGAGCAGAUGGUACUGGCUCAUGUGACUAAUCGUUUGUCAACACUUGUUUCUACUUUGACAGUUCAGAUUUUUAAAGAUGAUUGGAUAAGACCAACUUUAACAGGAACAGGUUCGACUAGUGUGUUGUAUUUCCAAGACCACAGCAGUAUUCCCACAGUCCCAGCUGUUUUGGGAACACAGGAGUCCAAACUCUUGCAGUCUUCAUCAGACAAAACAAGUGGACCACCACCUGAAUUUUCAUUCAAUACACCAGGAAGAAAUAUCAACUCUUUUAGCGUUUCUGCUUCACAGACUACCAAACCUUAUGGCGUUCUUUUAAAUUAUGGAGGUACUACUAGUCUCAGUCAAGGACCCCGAAAUCCUAGUAUGGGUAUAGGUCAGGUACUAAGGACUGGACUAAGUAAUAUGCCUGGCAGAUAUGGACAAAGCUCUCAAGGCUCUUUCAGUAAUUUUAGAUCUUAACAUUCAAUACUGCAUUACUUGUUUUAUGGAACCAUACUUCAUGAAACUUUUGUCAAACAUAAUGUUUGGUGCUCAGUAUUUACUGCAGUGACUGCACUUGUAUGGAGAACAACUUUUUGAAAAUAGUUUUGUUAAAACAUAUACUUUAAGGGUGAGAUCUUUAAUAAAGAGAAAUGGACAGGACCGGUAGAACUCAAAUUGCUACAGCAUUUAAAUGUUUUUUUUCCCCUCUGCCAGAAAUGUUUCCUUUUGACUAGCCCUGGUGAUUUCCAUACUAGUCCUGGCAUUCAGUGUUGUGUUUUGUAAUCUUUAUUUAUUUUUUUUUUUUUGCAGAACAAAACAUCCAUUGAUGUGUGUGUUUUGUGUGUUUAUGAACCCAAGCAUAUUAAUACAGCAACAGGGGAAUACAUGAAAGAAAAGAAGUGGUAAGGCAUACAGCAUGUAACAUUUUUUUGUGUACCAAGCAUUUUUGAAUGCUGGUAAGUUAAGUGCAUCCUAAUUCAAUUUUAGAAGACCUCUGUUUUUGCUUGUUGGAAAAGAGUGAAAGGUAAUGCCUUUUGUGUGAGUCUGAUUUUGCAGCCAUCAGACCUAGUAAUAAAAUGUUUUCUUUAACUUUUA